AUGAGUACCCUACCGAAGCAUCUGCCUGCAGGACUACCGGCUCCUCAUAACGACUCAUUUCGGCCGUCGCCGCUGCCAGGGAACGGGAAUGUGGAUGAUGAGCCUGAGCUCGAAAAUGACUCAGAUAAAGCUGGUGAUUCGAAGGAGCCAAAGAAGAGAACCGCCAGAGCAUGUAUACGAUGCCGUUUCCGCCACACAAGGUGCCCUGGUGGCCAGCCGUGUCUGAAGUGUCAGAUGGCCAAGACGAAGUGUGAGUAUGUCGAGUACGAGAAGAGGCUCGUGGUGUCGAGGAAGUAUUUGUACAAGCUCCAGGAAGACAUUGCCAGGUUGAAGAAGGAAAACGCUGCUUUAAGAAAUACUAUCAAGGAAACGCCACGGAAAGCAGAGUCGGAAGCAGCUUCUGUCCAGCAUCUGGUUUCGCAGCUGUCUGAUCCUGGAACGGGUCAGUUUGGUGGGAACUUUGGUUCAAACUACAAUCAGCCUCAGCACAUUGCAGAGAUAAAAGAGGAAGAUACCGACGCUGAUCGCGGGCAUGGUGGCACGGAGGUGAUCAACCCGUCCUUGGACAAGUACGGCAGACUCAUCCAGUCAAGAACCGGCGAGAAGCUUUAUGUCGGCUCGUCAUCAAUGACGCUCUUUGGGCUUGAAAUUCAGAACAUGGCCCCUUCUUUUGAGCCUCCGUCCCUUCUACACCCAAACUCCAUCAGCACCACUCCAGUAGACUCGCCCCAAAGCAACUUUGUCAGUCAGAGCUCCUUUCAGGAUACAGCGACAAGCGAGGUCAGAAGACAAACGAAGAUUCUAGAGAAGGAGGGAAAUGCUUACAAUAUCACUUUGGCGAAAACAAACACUCGUCCUGGCCUUUCAGUGAACUUCACCCUCCCUUCGUAUUCCUAUGCCAUUCUCCUUGUUGACACUUUCAUCAGCUACAACGAUGGCUGCUUCUACUUCUUCAACGAGGGACUCGUGAAACGUUUUCUUAUGAAUCUAUAUCUGGGCAACACAAGCGAGAAUAAGAGAAUAAUCAAAAGAAACAUUGCUCCUCGUGAGGGUCCCGCUGAAGAUGAGAACACUAUUAAGAAAGAUACUGAUAAUGAGACCAUCCUAGAAACAAUAUGGUUUUGCAAAAUCCUUUUGAUCUUUGCCGUGGGUGAAAUGUACCUAGGCACAGACUCAGACACACACAUGGAACGUUCCAAACAAGAGAGGAUCAGCAUGUUUGGCCAGAAAAAGAGCAAGAAAAAGGAUCCAAGUAAGAGAAACACUCUACCUGGGUCAGGGUUCUUCUACCAGGCAUCAGAACUAUUCACCGGUCUUUUUGCCUCAGGGGCGAUCGACAACAUCACGAAAGACGGAGGUAUAGAGGUAAUUCUAUUGUAUGCAUUUUAUCUCCAGGUUGCUGAUUGCACAAUUGCAUCAUACUUUUACUUCGGUCUAGCAUUGAGGUCAACACUUAUCCUUGGAUGGCAUGUUGAUGCCGACUCUGAAAAUUUGAACAGAUUCGAACUUGAGCAUAGACGAAGAAUCUGGUGGACGGUGUACAUGUAUGAACGAAUGCUUUCGUCAAAAGCUGGCUUGCCAUUGAGUUUUGCCGACGACAGUGUUUCUACAGAACUACCGUAUGACUUCAAAAUCGACCUCGACGACUUUCCUAGAGACGAAAAUGAUGUUAGAGGAUAUUAUAUCUUUCCUUCUGCAGAAUAUAUCAAUAAUUGCGUCACAAUCACCCAGAUCAAUGCCAUCAUUUUGUCGUCUUUAUACACAAAGCAACCAACUGCCAAUAUCUUACCAGUGGUUUCAGAUUUGGUCCAGCGUCUAUUGAAUUGGAAGCUGGCACUUCCGGACUUUUUGCAGGUGGACUUCUCAAAGGAUGAUGUCAAGAUAACACGUCUCAUUGUGAACUUAAUGACAGAGUACUUCCAAGGUAUGAACUUGGCAGUUCGUCCACUUCUAUUCCAUUUUGCAACAAAGAAACUUCGGGAGCUUCAAGUACAGAACUCCUCCAAUAAGUAUGUUGACUUGACAAAGUACUCGAAAAAUGUUCUCACAUUGCUUAACGCAUCGUUUCAAGCUUCUAUCAAUACAAUCAAGUCAAUAUGGGCACUCAUGCCCCAGAAUAUGGUUGCUUUGUUUGGUUGGAUGGACCGUGAGUACCUAUUCACAUCGGCUUCUACAUUGAUUUUGUUCAAUGCUUCGUUCGGUGUACAUGAUGCUACAAGAGAACAUCUAGACCAUGCACUCACUCUUUUCACAAAAAUGAAGAAACUUGGUAACUACCCUGCCGCACUCAGGCGAGCACAGCUCCUCAAAUUGAUCAGAGUUCUAGACUUCAAUGGUGUCAUGCAAGACCUAUUGAACAAACACGACUACCGACAACUGGCAGGCUCCAUGGAUGGAGACGUCAACAUGGAUUCUGAGAAUAACGCCUUCGGUGACACAAUGUCCUUCAUCAAUCUUGGAAAUGCAGCUGCUGUCCACAUGAACCCACAAAACGUAGUGAAACCCCAGCCAGGAACUCAGGCACCGGAACCUCUUCGAGCAAGCUUGGACUACUUGCAAUUCAAUGGUCCUAAUCCUUCAUCUGGGUUAGCUGCUUCUCACAGACACACACCUACAAUACCGGCUUCCGCAAAUUUGACAACAGAGGCAGCAUUUGACUUCAAAGAACAGAAUGCAAACAACGCAGAUUUCUAUUCCAAUGCGGACUUGGCUGGGAUUGAAGGCUUGACGUAUAUUGAUGAGGAGCAAAAGUUAUGGAACGAGAUUACGAACGAGGCGGUGUGGUUGCAAUCUUCCUCGGGAAUCCAAGGACAUGCUCCUAAAGUAGAUCACAGCUCAGUGACGGUCAACGAUGACUUCGUGAACACCUUUAACUCGCGUACUCUACAAAAGGACAUGGAUACCGACAUAAAUCAUGACAAUCACACCACGGGAAACGGCAAUCCAUACGCCGGUGGUUACGGUGAUAUUAUUAACCUGGAAUUUCUGAGAGAUUUGUUCUGA